UGAGGCGCAGGCAGGAGGGGGCAGGGCGAAGCGAAGGCCGGGGUGGGGGGGAUCGAGAACGGGGUGGGAGAGGGAGCCAGGCUCUUCGGGGCGAGGCCCUGGGCUCGGCAGGGGCCAUGGAGGAGGCGCUGCUCUCCACGCCCAUCAACCCCAAUAACUUCCCUGCCAAGCUGUGGCGGCUGGUGAACAGCCCCCGGUACCGCUCGAUCCGCUGGGACGGCCGCGGAGAGGGGCUGCUCAUCGACCAGCCGCUCUUCGAGGCCGAGCUCCUGAGCCCUCCGAGCCCGGGGGCCGGGGCCGGGGCCGGGGCCGGGGGCGGCGGCGUUGGGGCCGCGGGGGCCGAGCCCGAGCUCUUCAAAACCACCAACUUCACCAGCUUCAUCCGCCAGCUCAACCUCUACGGCUUCCGCAAGGUGGUGCUGGGCGGGCCAGGGCCGGGGCCAGGGCCCGGGGGGCCGGCAGGGGACGGGCCGCUGCACCACUUCCACAGCCCGCACUUCCGCCGGGACCAGCCGCAGCUGCUCGUGCACCUCAAGAGGCUCACCAGCGCCAACAAGGCCAAGCUGGCGGCGGGCCUGGAGGUGCCCUGCCGUCCCCCCAACCGCUUCCAGCGGCUGCUCAUCACCUCGGCCUCCGCCUCCGCCUCCGCCUCCACCUCCCCGCUGCAGCACCAGGAGUCACCUCCACAGCCCGCAGGGCCGCGGGCGGAGGCGCACGGACCAGUGGCUGUAGGACAGUUUCACCGGUCGUUCCGGCGAGAUAGUCUGUCUCCUUAUUCCUACGUAUCAACUUCAUCCCACAACCACAAUACUUUCCCUCUGAAAGGUUUAGAUCGGACCCCGAUUCCUCCCAGAACAUGGCAGAGUUCCCUUGGGAUGCACCCCGGACAAGUGGAGACGUCUCCUACAUUUUCAGAUAAGGGAGUUCCAUUUCCUGUACUGCAGAGGUUUCCAACUGAGGUUACCUACACACUGCAGCCCAGCGCCACGUCUGUGCACGUUCAACAAGGUCCUCAAACAAUGGUCAGCUCCUCCCAAAAAUAUAGUAACUACACACCCUCAGCACAGUUCUCCCAGGCCUACUAUCCAACAGCUGUGCUGCAGUGCUGCUCUCCUACCCACAUGGACGCUCUAAGUAGUUGUGUGCCUCCCACUGCCUCUUCCUAUGCACACUGCAACUACUUCCAGAAUCCUCCAAUGCAGUCUUCCUAUCCAGUUGAAUUUCUGCCUUCUAAUUGGCCUUGCAGUGCUACUGAUGAAAAUAAAAAGACAGAAGUAAACCUAGAGGCUGUCUUUCAGAUAGUAGAUGAGUUGCAUUCCUCUCCAAAAUUGGAAAUGGUAAAGGUGGAGCCUGUUGAGAAUCAGUGCCCUACAUCUCAGCCUAACAGAGGCCAACAUAUCCUAGCUAAUUCAAACAACAGCAAUCCAUCUUCCAUGACUCAGGCUAGCCAACUGGAGCCGCUUACUCCUGUAGGCUCAGAUAUUACGUCUUUUGUGGUUGGAUCAGAACAAGCAAUUGCCUGCUCUCUACCACAAUCACCUGAGUACAUCUAUACCAUCCACACAGCCCAGCCUGUGGACAAUAACACAAUGCAGGAGUCUGCAGCCAUCCAACAAGCUCAUGGCAAACUGAAGGAGCAACUAAGCCACAAUCCAUCUCCAUCUCCAGUAGUAUUUAUGCAAGAAGGGCUUCCAUUCAGCACACAUCAGGUGGAUGCCAGCAUAAAGUGCCAGACCAGCACACCUGAGAGUGUCUUGCCUCCAGAGCAGAUGGGGCUCCUCAUUUCAGACGUGGGGCCUGCUGUCCAGCCUGGUAAAGAUACAAGUUUACCCACCCCAGCUAGAUACAGGGAGCGGAGAAGCACCUCGCAACAAGGAAAGUCCCCUGAUCUUCACCUGCUGGUGGAUGUGGCCUGCAAGCAGGAGCACUUUCCAAAGGAGGAAGAAUUCAAAGAGUGAGGAACGGAUGACAGAAGUGACAUUGUGCACUAGCAGUCGCUGGAGGCAGACCAGCCUUGCACAUGGCACUGUUGGGAUUUUUUCAGUUCUGUUAAGGAAAAGAAAUACUUUUUGUUUUGUUAAUUGAGAAUUUUGUUAAUUGAAAAUUGGGAGUUUGGUAUUUAUUACAGCUGUUCAGUUCCGAUUAUUUACCUUGACAAACUACUAAACAUCUAGCAGCUAUGUUUUAUUUGCUGCCCAGAUCCCUUUCAGAUGCAAAGUCCAAGCCUCCUGUUAAGUAUCUACAGACUGCUGCAUCUGUGGUGCUGGAGCACGUGUGGAGCACAGUGCUGAGUUGUCUUGCCACUCUCAAAGUGACAUCAACAGUGCUCCAGCGGGGAGUUUAUUCUCUGUUUCAAGCAUGGUGUCAUCCUGGUAGAGAAGAUUGUGUGAGAAACAAAGGCAUGGAAGGUCACCAUGAUCACAAGUCUAAAUGGGCCAGGAAUUCCAGGAAAGAAACUCUGGGCAAGAGCUAAUUUUCUAAGUGAUUACAGGAAAUUCUCUUAUUUCCUAACCCUGUAAUUUGUUUCAAGUGCAAGGCACCUGGACUUGGACCAUCCGUCACACUUAACAACCCCUGAUUCUUUUAUAUGAAUGAGAGUAUUUUUCUAUUUUCAUAUCUUUCUUUAAUUUUAAUGAUACAU